AGGAGAACCUAUCACCGCUAUUUUCCUCCACCUAACUUUCAGUCUAGACUAAGUACUGCCACAGGUAAUGCGACUGGACGUUCACCAAAUGUAAAAUUACUUCAGCGCAUAGUUACCGAGGCUACGAAGCGUCUCUUGAGGUCAGAAUGGCGCCCUAUCUUCGAGGCUAGAAAUGCAGCCACGUGCUAGAAAUCAGUUAGGCGCGUGCUCGCGACAGCUAGCCAGCUUCAGUGCGUAUAGUUAUCAGACAGAGGCAGAUCAAUGGCUGAUGCAGCGAGAAAUGAGGGUUUCGAUGUGUGCUUGAUGUAGGUAGCAUCUGCACGUAACCUGCAUGUGCAUGCAGAUACAACCUUCCCAUCGAGGUCAAUGCGCCUCACUACCUUCUCAACCGAUACAGGAUUCCUCGACAUUAUCGUUCCACCACACCUCGUUAUCGCAUUCCACCUCGUUGUAUUCUACAAAGUAUACCUCGGUAUAUUCUUCAGAGGGUAAUUUGUGCCGCUCCGCAAACCAAGGUCGUGAAAUGGACGCGGUAGAUGAACUGAGCGAGCUAUCGACGGUCCAGGACGUUGCUGAUCGGACGGUAGAGGACGCGAGAAGCAGCGAGCUGGAACACACAGAUCAGCUUGCAACCGUUGGAUGCAGGAUUGUUCCGAAUCACGACUCAGACUCGCAGGAGAGCCUUGAGUCGAAACCACAGGGAUUCCAUACCUCCGCUCCCUCCCCCUUCUCCCCCUCUCCGCCGUCCACUAUCUACUGGCCCGUUGCGCCGUGCAGCCGAGGGGGACUCGAGGGACCGCCGGCGCAGCUCGAAAUCGCGCCAGCGGGGGGGGAAGCGGACGGGUUGCGGGGGAAACUGCCGGGUUUGGGGGAAGUGCGGGAGUGGGGGGGAGCGGAAGAGUGGGGGAAUGCGCCGAGUCCGGGAAAAGCGCUGGAAUGGGGGGAAACGGCGGAGUGGGAGGAGGUGGAUUUGAGGCGGAUCGCUCUGAAGAAUGAGAUCGCGAGGGGGACGUCGAGCGUGGUGUAUAGAGGCGUGUACGGCAACCAGAGCGUGGUCGUGAAGGUGGUGGAUCUAGGGGGUGAUGACUCGACGCUGCAGGAGGUGCAGGAGAGUAGAGCGGCGCUUAUAAGGGAGGUGACUAUAUGGAGUCGGCUGACGCAUCCCCAUAUUGUGCCGCUCAUAGGCGCGCACAUCCCCAUGCUGUCCCCCGAGGCCCACCCAUCCCCGUCUCCCAAGCCGUCCACCCAAAGAGGAGUGGAUCCCCGUCUCAAGGGCGAGGUGGCGUGCAUCGUGAGUGCGCACAUCAGCAGCGGCAGCAGCAGCAGCAGCAGCAUGACCCUCAAGGAGUAUUUGGCGCGGGCGAACCGGGAGAGGCGCAAGCUGCCUCUGCAUGUGCUGGUGGACCUGGCCAUGCAGCUCGCCAAGAGCCUUGCCUUCCUGCACUCUCUCCAAGUGGUGCACGGAGACAUGUGCCCCUACCACGUGCUGCUAGACGCCAAGCUACGCCUGCACCUUGCAGGCUUCUCCUGUGCCUCUAUCGAGGGCGACCUCACUUACAGGGGGGGUGCCAGGGGGAACCCGAGCUACAUGGCUCCUGAGGUGCUGGAGUCCCUCCCCUACGACUGCCAGGCUGACGUGUUCAGCUUUGGCGUGUGCCUCUGGGAGAUGCUCUCCUGUGAGCCGCCAUUCCCCAAGUGUGACUAUAACGAGAUUGCCGAGCUGCUGCAGCAGGGCGUGCGCCCCAUUGUUUCUCCCACGUGCCCCCCUGACUUGGCCCGUCUCAUGCACUGCUGCUGGGAGGGUGUCCCUGCGGCGCGCCCCUCCAUGUCGCACGUCGUGGACAUGCUUCACGAAGUCAACAUCUUCGCGAAAGCGGAGGAGGCUGCAGCAAGAGAUGGCAGUCUACCCAGCGGCGGUGGCGGCAGCAGCAGCAUGAGAAGCAGCAGCAUCAAGAAGAAGAUUGGUGAUCUGUGGGAGAACGGGAAUGUCACUAGUGGUGCGAGUGGCGGCACUGCGGUGGGUGGCAGCAUGAGUGACAACCGGCUGCAGGGAGGCGGCAAGGCAUCCCUCCUCUCCUCCUUCAGUUCUUCCCUGGGCCGCCUCAGCUUCUCCCUCAGAUCAGGCCGGUCCAACCUCCCACCGUCAUCAUCGUCAUCACCAUUGCCAACAUCAGCAUCAGCAUCAACAUCAGCAUCCGCAUCCGUAUCAGUGUUACAAGCAUCGUCCGCAGGGGCACCAACAGCAGCAGGAGCAGCCGUGGUGGGGGACGAAGAGGCUUUAAGAGAAGCGGGGAGUGGGUCUGUUGCAACUGCAACUGCUGCGCCAGAUAAUGGUUCGAAUAGCCCCUCUGGUACUAAAGAUGUAGUGGGUCGCUCUCUAGAGGGUACAGCACAUUCUUGCCCCCCAUCUCACGCCGGGCAAAUGCAGGCAGGAGAGGGACGCAUCUCUAGUGCCUCUAGCACCUCUAGGGACGCCAUAGACGCAAUAGACGCUAAUUUGGUCACAGGGGGGCCUUCAGAAGAUACUCAAGGCACAAGGCGGCAACUUGACUUCUCUCACCCCCUCCCCUCCUCCUCCCCACCAACUCACUCUCCUCCCCCCAUCGCUCCAGCUCCUCUCCGCAUUCCGACCUCCCCUCUUCCAAGCGACCUGCCCUCCCCUGCACACACCUCCCGGACCCCUCCUCCACUCCCCUCCCACGCCACUACUUCCUCCUCCCCACCUUCCCCUGCCGCAUCUCCCUUACACUCCUCCCUACCCCCUUCCUCUCCUCCCCCCUCCUCUCACCCAUCCCCUUCUCCCUCGUCCCUUCCCCCUUCCUCUCCUCCUCCCUCCUCUCACCCAUCCCCUUCUCCCUCGUCCCUUCCCCCUUCCUCCCCAUCCCCCUCCUCUCACCCAUACACUUCCCCCUCCUCCCUGCACUCUUACCCACGCGUGAGGUCGGAAGGGGGUGUUGUAGCAGGCAAUGCAAGCCCUGCUGGGAGCAUGACCAGCAUGGGGUGGGAAGGGGACCUGGUGUCGCCAGUGUGGAGUGGGGAGGCGGGGAAGGCGUGGGUUGGGGAGCGGCCAGUGUGGGAGAUCAAGCUGAAGAAUGUGAUUCUAAAGAGAGAGAUUGCAAAGGGGUCGUCUGGGACUGUGUACAAGGGGAAGUACAAGGACUGCCCCGUUGCAGUGAGAGUGGUGCAGUGGAGCGAGGUGGAAGGCGAUUUGGCUGAGGGGGAGCAAUGGGAGCAGAGACGGGCCAAGUUUCUGAGGGAAGUGACUAUAUGGAGGAGACUCAAACACCCCAAUAUAGUCAAGUUCGUCGGAGCAUCCAUUCCCGACCAGCCUCAGCUGGCGUCCACGCCCAACAACAGCACAGCCAGCAGCAGCAGCGGCGGCAGAGACGACUCUAAUGCCACCACAACCACGACCACCAGCAGAGACAACAACAGCAACACUACCGCCACCAGCAGCAGCAACAGCAGCAGCAGUAGCAGCAGCAGGGGCAAGGAGAGAGGGGCGGAGAGCGAGAGGGGGGCGGACAGGCGCUUUAAGGGCCAUGCGUUCUGCGUGUUGAUGGAGCACGUGGACCACUGCAACCUCAAGGAGUAUCUUUCCCGGGCAGCCCGGGAGAGAAGGAAGCUGCCCAUGCCGUUCAUCGUGCAAGUAGCCAUGGAUCUGGCCAAGGGCCUGGCAUACCUGCACUCUGUGGGUGUGGUGCACGGCGACAUUUGUCCCGAGAAUCUUCUGCUGGACGGCAAGCGCCGCCUCAAGAUCGCACGAUUCGGGGCGGCACGACUUGAGAGCUCCCACCCUGUCAGCACGGCCACUGGCAGCUGCAGACGCACCCUCGGCUACAGUGCUCCUGAGGUGCUCUUCUCCCAGCCGUACGACCGCUCAGCUGACGUGUACAGCUUCGGCAUCUGCCUGUGGGAGCUGUACGCUCGGGAGGCUCCGUUCCCGAACCUGGACUUUGGGGAAGUGGCCGAUGCUGUCAAAGAGGGCGUGCGCCCCAUUAUUUCUCCCAAGUGCCCCCCUGACUUGGAUGGUGUCAUGCGCUGCUGCUGGGACGGUGUCCCUGCCUCCCGCCCCUCCAUGCCCCAAGCCAUUUCCAUGCUCCAGAAGGUCAAUGUGUUUGCAGGAAAAUAAAGUAGGCCUUAGAGCGUGAAUGGUUAUCUCCUUGUAUAUCUGUGGCACACCUCAAAUUUCGAAACGCCCAAUAGGGUGUGCUUGGAGCGCCCACUAUGUGUGCUUCCUAUUUAUAGU